AUGUCGAAGAUUAAUAAAUCUAUAACACCCAGACUGGAUGAGAUCAAAAAUAAUAUUACUCGUGAUAUUAAUUUAGGAUGGGAUCAGGACAAUCUAUCAGACACAACGAUUAAGUUAUACACCAGGCAACUAGUCAAGCUCUACAAAGCGGGGAUUGCGAAAGAGCGAUGGUCCCUGAAUGAGUUCAUCGCCAAUAUUCAUUUUCCAAACAAAUUCGACGAUGCUUCUUUUCAAAAGACUUUCGAGGUUCAGAACUUGAGCAUCAUAGCGCUUUUGAUGAGCAUCUAUACAAGCAAAGAGAGUCUGAUACUAACACUGAGCGCCAUGUGUAAGAUGGUCAAGAACAGAUAUCGGGAUGCAUUUAACUUCUACAAUACGAUUCGAAAGAAAUUGAGUAAGCAAAACAAGGCUGCAACGCUGGAUAACGAACUGACGCCUGAGGAAGAGAAGAAAUACAUCAGCUAUGAAGAGCUUAUGUCUGUCCCUGGUAAAGUCGCAAAGGUGCUCAGCGUAACGUAUGGUAAAAUAUUUUUCUCUCGAUCAGAGUUUGAGCAGCCAACCAAAGCUAAGAGAACUGAUUACUUGAAACUCGUGUUUAAUUACAUCACGUUGUGGUUGAACGUGCAUUAUCCACUUCGAAACGUUUUACAUCUGAAUGAUUUCAAGAAUAUUCGGCUCAUGGGACCGCAAACAAUUCAGUUGGAUAGUACUACGAUGCGUUUGAUCAGGUCAUAUCUUGAGUUCUUAAUUAACACGGUUAGAGAGCAGCCUAACAAACUCCUGUGGCGCAUUUUCAAUAGACAGCCAGGUGAGUACGAUUGCACAAGCUCGAGCAAUAGCUUCACCAAUGUCAAUGAAUAUGAUUCGACACAUCGCUGA